CCGCGUCUAGGAAAUGCGGGUUGGGGCAAGAUGGCGGCGCACCUGUCGUAUGGGCGAGUGAACCUGAACGUGCUGCGCGAGGCGGUGCGUCGGGAGCUGCGCGAGUUUCUGGACAAGUGCGCUGGGAGCAAGGCAAUAGUGUGGGAUGAAUACUUAACGGGACCAUUUGGACUGAUUGCACAGUACUCACUACUAAAGGAACAUGAAGUGGAAAAAAUGUUCACACUUAAAGGAAAUCGUUUGCCAGCAGCUGAUGUCAAGAAUAUCAUUUUUUUGGUCAGACCCAGGCUAGAAUUGAUGGAUAUAAUUGCUGAGAAUGUACUCAGCGAGGACAGGCGUGGUCCUACCAGGGAUUUCCAUAUUUUGUUUGUUCCUCGACGGAGCCUACUGUGUGAGCAGCGGCUGAAGGACCUGGGUGUUUUGGGAUCCUUUAUCCAUCGAGAGGAGUACAGUUUAGAUCUCAUUCCAUUUGAUGGGGACCUCUUAUCCAUGGAGUCAGAGGGCGCUUUCAAAGAGUGCUACCUGGAAGGCGACCAGACAAGCCUGUACCACGCAGCCAAGGGGCUGAUGACCCUGCAGGCGCUGUAUGGAACUAUCCCCCAGAUCUUUGGAAAAGGGGAGUGUGCUCGGCAAGUGGCCAACAUGAUGGUCAGGAUGAAGAGGGAGUUCCCGGGAAGCCAAAACUCAGUGUUCCCCGUGUUUGAUAACCUCCUGCUGCUUGAUCGCAAUGUGGAUCUGCUGACGCCGCUCGCCUCCCAGCUCACGUACGAGGGCCUCAUCGAUGAGAUUUAUGGCAUUCAGAACAGUUAUGUGAAGUUACCUCCAGAGAAAUUUGCACCCAAGAAGCAGGGCGGCGGCGGUGGGAAGGACCUUCCCACGGAGGCAAAGAAGCUUCAGCUCAACUCUGCAGAGGAACUGUAUGCUGAGAUCCGAGACAAGAACUUCAACGCCGUGGGCUCCGUGCUCAGCAAGAAGGCGAAGAUCAUCUCCGCAGCCUUUGAGGAGCGACACAACGCUAAGACAGUCGGGGAGAUCAAGCAGUUCGUGUCCCAGCUACCCCACAUGCAGGCAGCCAGGGGAUCGCUUGCCAACCACACCUCGAUUGCAGAGUUGAUCAAAGACGUCACCACUUCUGAAGAUUUCUUUGAUAAGCUGACAGUGGAGCAGGAGUUCAUGUCCGGGCUAGACACUGAUAAGGUCAACAAUUACAUCGAGGACUGUAUUGCCCAAAAGCAUCCGCUCAUCAAGGUGCUGAGGUUGGUUUGCCUGCAGUCCGUGUGCAACAGUGGGCUUAAGCAGAAGGUGCUGGACUACUACAAACGGGAGAUUCUCCAGACCUACGGCUAUGAGCACAUCCUGACGUUGAACAACCUGGAGAAGGCCGGCCUGCUGAAGGCUCAGACAGGGGGCAGGAACAAUUACCCAACAAUUCGGAAAACAUUGCGCCUCUGGAUGGACGAUGUCAAUGAACAGAACCCCACAGACAUAUCCUACGUGUACAGUGGUUAUGCUCCACUCAGCGUGCGACUCGCUCAGCUCCUUUCCCGGCCGGGCUGGCGGAGCAUCGAGGAGGUUCUCCGCAUUCUCCCAGGGCCCCACUUUGAAGAAAGGCAGCCACUGCCCACCGGGCUGCAGAAGAAGCGCCAGCCAGGAGAAAACCGAGUCACACUGGUAUUUUUCCUCGGGGGUGUCACCUUUGCUGAAAUAGCCGCCCUGCGCUUUCUCUCCCAGCUGGAAGAUGGAGGCACGGAGUAUGUCAUUGCAACCACUAAACUGAUGAAUGGAAACAGCUGGAUAGAGUCUCUCAUGGAAAAGCUUUUCUAGGGAUCAGAGGAGACGUGACAGUGACCACACAAUGAGCGGCCUCUGUGGACGUGUUGCCUAAAGGACGUAAAGCCCGGAGCAGGAGGAUGGAAGCUCUGGGCUCAUGUUCCUUCCCGCUCCUCUCUGUGCUCUGAAUCCUGAAGAAGGGAAGAUCAACCUGGAUAAAGAGACAAUGUGCUGAGCAUGGUGGCUUAUACCUAUAAUCCCUCCAUUUAAGAGACAGAGGCAGGAGGAUGGCUCCAAGCUUGAGGAUAACCUGGGCUACAUAGUAAGUUCCAGGCAAAAGCCCUCCCUUCCAAAAAUAAAGGAGAUCCUGUUUCGGAAUUUUAAAGCUUAAAGUCUUCAUUAGUUUCUGGAAAUGGUUAAGACUGUGGGGAUGAUAGCCCCAGCAGCCACAUGACUGCACAGGCAUUAAAAGCAGAGCUGAGGGGAUAAAUACGAAAAUAGAAGCGGAAUUCUGACCACUGAUCCACGGUGGCAUAUUCUAGAAGACAUCCCAUGCCCAGGAGAGUGGUUUUUGUUGAAUACAAAGCCUGCCUUGUCCAGUGUGUACUCUUUGCUGCAGACAUCUGUGUCUCCAGUCUCGGCUGAUGUGAUUCCUAAGGCAAGCUUCGUUUCCUUCUGAAAAACUGAGAAGCUUGAAGGGGCUUCUCAUCAUUUUGAAAUGACGUUCCUGCUGUCUGCGUUAGCUGCAUUUGUGCAGUUCUCUGCCCAGGAGGGGCUGAUAAAGAGUGAGCUGAGUACCAGGCAGCCUCUGCCAGCUAACUGUCCGAAGGCACUUCUAAGUGUGCAUGUUGUUACUUCCGAGACUCGCCAGUGUAGGCGCCCCUGCCGGGACCUCUGUUUUCCUCCAUGUCCUCCGUGAGCAGGUCUUCUGUUCCUUCAGUAUCAUGCAGCUCUGUCUCUGUGGUAACUGCCGCAGGCACCUCUCUAGGCCUCUGGCUGUACUCAACUCCACACAUCCCUUUUGCCUGAAAAUACACAGCUGGGCAGUCCCUAGCCUGGUGACCAAGUGCACUGCGGUCAGUGUCAGUCACACAUGGAGAAGUCCCGCCAGUGCUGCAGGGGGUGAAGCACAGCUGGGAGCAGGAGCAGGCAUGUUGGUGACAGUGCCCGCCUCCUGCUCAUCUCAGCAUUGAAGGAGUUAAGAGCGCCAAGUGGGAGACCACGUCGAUGGCUUCACCCAAGUCUCCAGAAAAGCUAGCCUAUCUCAGCCAGUCCUAGUCCUAGCCCAGGUGCAAUUCCUAUGGUUAAUAGUUUUCUACUCGCCUUUUUCAUGUAGAAUCAGGAACAAUACACUGCUCAUUAUAAGUGACCAGAAUUGUGUAUUUAAAAGGAAGACCCAGGAAUAAAGGAUGGCAAAGAUGA